GAGAGAACGACCGGCGAUGUCACGAUGCCGCCUGCAUUAUAGUGCGCAUGUGCGCGGGUUACACUUGAUGGGCUCAAAAAAUCAAUGACCCCGCCGUCGCGCUUACCGUGAUCUCGCGAAAUAUGCUCGUCGUCGUCAUCGUCGUUGUCGUCGCCGUUGUCGGAUAAAACGCGAACGCCGGACGCUACGCGCGUCGAUUCUCGGCAGAUCGCGUCGUUGCUCGACGCUCCAUCGAGACGGCGUCGCGCGCAACGACGCAUAUACACACACAACACACACACACACACACACAUGCACACACAUAUUGCAAACAGGACGGUCGGAUACGCGGAGGGGAGGAAAGUGCGAGAGAACGCGGAGGACGCAGAGAGAGGAGAAGAGAACAUGGCUGGCAGCACGGCGAGGGUGCAGCUCGGGUGGCGGCGCUAGUGUAAGACGGCCGAAUAGCGGUACGUGGUGGAAACCAGCCGGGCAACCUCCACCGCUCGACACCGUCGCUCGGCGCUUCAGUUCGUGUUCUCUCGUAGCGCACGACGGUUGGUCGGCCGUCGGACGGCGUCGCUCUUCUCUCUCUCGUUCGCGCAUCGCGAAAUACAAACUGAGGAGGAAGAAAAAAAAACAACAAAAGAAAGUAGGAAUCGAAAGACAGAAAGAAAAGUGUCGAAUGGACCCUGGCGUGGAGCGAGAAAGAAAAAACUCAAUAAAGAAUAACAUCCGUCGGAACAAUACUUCGGGAUCACAGUUUCUUUUUCUUUUUUACCCUUUCUUUCGUUCGUCCGAAGCAGGAACGUGAGUCGCUUCGCGAAAGGUGUACACGUCUCACCGGCGCAGUGAAGAAGCCUGCCGCGACAGUGGUGGAAGUGGUGAUAAUCCUAAGUGAGCACAGAACGUCCGCGGAUAUUCCCGAUCGCGUCGUCCCCGAGGCGCGCGCCAGCCUACCUCCGCGAAUUCCUCGCUCGGCCGUGUACGCGCUAGGCGAUCCGCGACUCCGCGUCGGUGCGGAGCGGGUGCGAGAGCGAGAGGACGAGAGUAAGAGCGAAGGGCGAGAGAGGAGCGCGUACACUCUCUCUCUCUCUCUCCCCGUUCCCGUCCCCGUCCCGUCGCGUCGCGCGCGCGGUGCACCGCCGUCCGUCCACCUUUCGCGUUGCCGCGAGUGCACGGGAUAAAAUGGCGCUUGCUUUCGUCCCUGCACCUCUAUCGACCGUGACGAACUGUUCGACGAAAUCGCGCCGGCAUCAUACGCCACGGCACCUCUGAGGUGAACCGACGACGACGACGUCUACGUAGUGUGCGGUAUACCCCGUCCGUCGUUCUGCCGUUUCGGCCGUUCCGACCGUCGGCCGUCGGCGUUGUCCGUCGUGCUCCUUUCUUCAUCGCCGUUCUCGGAGUACCGUGUGCGCCAAGUACCGUGUUUGUGUGUAUGUGCGUAUAUGUGCGAAGUACCGAGGCAUCGGGUGCGAGUUCUAGACUCGGCAGCCAGUGACUGGAAAUUUCGAUCCGUGCCGAAGACUGGAGGUGGAGGACGUGACAAAGCUAGACCGUGACAGCCUUCUACCACGCAACCGUGUCGCUAUGUAAAACAAACGGGAAGAAUUGAUUUCCGCGCUCUCAUUAAGGAAAAUUCAAAGUUGUAGAUGAGGCGGAUCGACAAAUAGACGCGUAUUCGGUUCUGUGAUAUCGACUCACACGCAUCGAAGUAACAUUACUAUUUAUCUAACGCUAAGUUUAAAAAUACCGAACGGGCGAUUGCACGCGUGAAAAAAUUCGGAAAAUAGAGAAAAAGGAAUUGGCGGCGAGUGAUAAGCUGGAGCACAAACGGGCGCGGAAAAUUGGACGAAGGUGGAGAAAUUCGGCAGCGGCGACCGGUUGCUGCGUGUCGCCGUACGCCGUGAUCGCGCAGGACGACGACUUGGCGACGAGGCGAAGCGAAACGCGUAGAGGAGGCAUGAGGAGGCGAGAGUGACGGCAUUGCGCCCGGUGUGCUGCAUCCUCGCACAGAUCGUGAGAGGACCGGCGGUGGUGGCGGCCGUCCACCGCGGCGGCAGUGGGGUCCAACACGGCGAUAAGAAUGGCCCCCUUCAAUAUGGCAGGCGUAGCAGGCCUUCUAGCCACCUGCGCCGCCGUUGCUGCUUCCGCUGCCCACCUUCUGCCGUUGCUGCUGCUGCUAAUCUGCCCGCGAGGGACCCCGGCGGAACAAGUUGUUCUCUUGGACACGACGACGGAGGAGAAACUCGACUGGACGAGAUACCCGUUCGGGCCUCAAGCUAGCACUCCUGGCUGGGUGGAGGAAUCUUUCACGAACUUCGACAAGGGAAUCAAUUGGCGGAGUUACGUAGUAUGCGACGUAGCGUACAACAACGUGAACAAUUGGCUGUGGACGCCGUUCGUGGAGCGCGGCCCGGCGAAUCGCAUGUACAUAGAAAUCAAAUUCACGACCCGCGACUGCUCGCUGUUCCCCGGCAACGCUCUCAGCUGUAAAGAGACGUUCAGUUUGCUCUACUAUGAGUUCGACGCUGCCACCAAGGAGCCGCCCCCGUGGGAGCCAGACAGUUACAAACUUAUCGGUCGCAUAGCUCCGGGCGAGGGCAGGUUCAAUAUGAAUUCCGAGGUAACGAUAAACACGGAGAUAAAGUCGAUCCCGGUGACGAAGAAGGGCGUCUACUUCGCUUUUCGCGAUCAGGGCGCCUGCAUAUCGAUCCUAGCUAUCAAGGUGUACUAUAUCAGCUGUCCCGAGAUCGCGGUGAAUUUCUCGCGCUACCCGGCCACGCCGACCGGCAAAGAGGUCACGGUUAUCGAACAAACCGUCGGCACUUGCGUCCCGAACGCCGUAAAAAUUCAAGAACCGACUUCCCUCUGCAAGGGAGACGGCAAGUGGUACCUACAUUCGGGUGGAUGCCACUGCAAACCCGGUUUUCAGGCUGAUGUAGACAAGCAAGAGUGCAAAGAGUGCCCAAUAGGCAAGUUCAAACACGUGGCGGGCGCGGAACCAUGCGAACCGUGUCCGGAGCACAGUAAAGCAUCCGAUUACGGUUUCACGGAGUGUCGUUGCGACGCGGGUUAUUAUCGAGCGGGGAAGGAUCCGAAGAACAUGCCUUGCACGAAACCACCUUCGGCGCCGCAAAACCUGACCGUCAACUUUGUCGAUCAGUCCACGGUGAUCCUUUCCUGGAACGCGCCGCAUAUGCAGGGUGACAGAACCGACACGACUUACAGAGUAGCCUGCGACGCGUGCAGCGUGGGCGUCAAAUACAUUCCCAGUAAUCCCGACAUCUUCAACGACACGAAGAUCACGAUAACCGGCCUGAACGCGGUGACGACAUAUCGCUUCCAAGUGUUCGCCGAGAACGGCGUGACGCCGUUGUCCGGCAAAGCGGAAUACGUGGACAUCACCGUUACGACGGAGGCUUCCGUACCGAGCCUGGUGAGCAACGUGCGAAUCACGAGCGUCAAGAGUUCGGAGUUGAGCAUCAGCUGGGACGCGCCGGUGACCGAAGUCGGUGUCAGCGGCGACAGCGAUCUCGUCGAGAGAUACGAAGUGAGGUGUUACCCGCGCUACGACGACGCCACUAAUGCAACCGUCAUUCAAACGUCCGAGCUGUCCGCCACGUUCAAAGGUCUCAAAUCUUCCACGGAUUACGCGAUACAGGUUCGCGCCAAGACCACCCGCGGCUGGGGCGAGUACACGCCGGUGGUAUUUAAGAAGACACCCCACGCGAUAGGCCCAGAUUACAUCGGCGAGGAGGACAACAUGCAGGUUAGGAUAAUCGCAGGGGCGAUCGUCGCUGUGGUCGUGCUUCUCGUGAUUAUCAUCAUUAUGACCGUUCUGAUCCUUAGAAGCAGGGCCUCGGACGAGUGCAACAAGAAACAGCCAAGCGACUGCGAUACUCUGGAGUACAGAAACGGCGAAGGACUAGUUGUGACCUACAUGCACUGCAAAAUGGACAGUUCACCGAUUGUGACAACCCAUACCAACAACAAGAGCAAGUCCUCGCUGACCACGCCGUUGUUCACACCUGCAGUGGGGGUCGCCGCGGCGGGCGCAGGCGGCGCUGGCGGUGCAGGUGCGAGGAGUUACGUGGAUCCUCACACCUACGAGGACCCGAAUCAAGCCGUACGGGAAUUUGCGCGAGAGAUCGACGCCGGAUACAUCACGAUAGAGGCCAUCAUAGGUGGUGGAGAGUUCGGCGACGUCUGCCGAGGAAAGCUGAAAUUGCCUCCCGACGGACGAACGGAAAUAGACGUGGCCAUAAAGACUCUGAAGCCGGGCUCCGCGGACAAGGCUCGUAACGACUUCCUGACCGAGGCAUCGAUAAUGGGUCAGUUCGAACAUCCUAACGUGAUAUUCCUGCAAGGUGUGGUAACUAAGAGCAAUCCGGUGAUGAUUAUCACGGAAUUCAUGGAGAACGGCAGCCUGGAUACUUUCCUACGCGCAAACGAUGGCAAGUUCCAAGUGCUCCAACUGGUAGGCAUGCUGCGCGGCAUCGCCAGCGGCAUGCAGUACCUCGCGGAGAUGAACUACGUGCAUCGCGACCUCGCCGCGAGAAACGUGCUAGUGAACGCCGCCUUGGUUUGCAAGAUCGCCGACUUCGGACUGAGUAGGGAGAUCGAGAGCGCUACGGAGGGAGCCUACACGACCAGGGGCGGCAAAAUUCCGGUACGGUGGACGGCACCGGAGGCGAUAGCGUUCCGCAAGUUCACGAGCGCCUCCGACGUCUGGAGCAUGGGCAUUGUUUGCUGGGAGGUGAUGUCGUACGGCGAGAGACCGUACUGGAACUGGUCGAAUCAAGAUGUGAUAAAGUCGAUCGAGAAGGGCUACAGGCUUCCAGCGCCGAUGGACUGUCCGGAGGCUAUCUAUCAGCUGAUGCUCGAUUGCUGGCAAAAGGAACGCACUCAUCGGCCGACCUUCGCUAAUCUCACGCAGACUCUGGACAAGCUCAUACGAAGUCCGGACACGCUCAGAAAAAUCGCUCAGAACAGAAUCAGGGAAAGGGGUACUCCAUCCCCACCCCCACUCGCCUCGUCGGCAUCUUCCAACGUGCAUUUGAGGAACAGGGGCACGAAUCCACUGGCACCGGACGCAGUGGACUUAACGCAAUUGACUUCUGUCAGCGAGUGGCUGGCUUCUAUCAAGAUGUCGCGAUACGCGGAGAGCUUUGAGCGGGCGGGUGUGACGACGUUGGAGGCAGCGGCGCGUGUCACCGUCCAGGAACUCACAGCCCUCGGCAUAACACUCGUGGGACACCAGAAGAAGAUCAUGAACAGCGUGACGGCGUUACGGGCGCAAAUGUCCGCCACUUCGCAAGGUUUUCUCGUGUAAUCGCGACCGCGCACUCAAGUCCCGCGAACGAAUCGUAUGUAAAAAUCGGCUGAUCGACACGGAACUUCAACUACCCUAUGGAUCUCACGAAUUCCCGCUUUUUUGAGGCGCCCCGACGCACGCCGUCCCUCCCCGACGAGAAAGCGAACCGCGGGAGACGACGACCCGUGUAUCGUCUAGGACUCGUGAUUACCUAGUCAGAGCGACGAUGUCCUCGAGAGAUUAUCUCCUUCGCGCGCAAGUAGAUCCGGUACUAAACUCCAAACGGCAGUUGGCUGAAGUGAAAACCUCACGCGGCACCUCCGAAACCGAAUGCCGUCUCAAUUUAAUCGAGAGACUCACAGCACAGCACGUGCUGCAAACAUUCCAUAUGGGCGAGAAUCGAGAGAAUUCGCAUUUACAAGCUCCCGUUGGAACGAUCGGGAGCACGAGGACCAUGCAUUCAUCAUCUCGCACUUAAACCAUAUACAACGACUUAUUGAACUCGUAGAGAGAGAGAGAGACACUUACCGCGAAAUUUUCGCGUAACAAAUAUCUAUAAGUGUCAAAAGAAUCACCGUAACCCGAGCGUUACGGAAAUAUCACGAAGCUCGUCCGGAUCAGGACGUCCUGAAGGACUCUCAACGGGAUCAAUGUAACACACCGAAGGACACAUCCUUACAACGAGCGCCUAUUCUAUAUUGCGUUUUCUAAGGCCGUUUCCGUGACCGAUCUAUCUAAAGAUCAGACUGACGACGGAGAUAAACGAGCUAUCCUUACAAUCACUGCCGCAAAAUUCUAGACUUUUCGUACCAACGAGCUUUCUUAGUUGGAAAUAUCUGUGCUUAUCGCAGAAUCUUGUAUAUUUUUCCUUGAAAACUUUAAUUGUGAGAUUUUAAACUAAAAUCCUUCUUCUUUUCUUUUUCACUAUUCGUCGCGUUCGCUAUAUUUCGUGACAUUUUAUACUAAAUGGCAGCUCCUUUUAAUACAUAUGUAUCUGCGAUACGUAACAUGUACGGCAAAUUACAUGUCGGCCUAAAUAUCGUUCGAGCGCGUCUGCUCCCGGCCUCGCUUUGCUAAGUAUACUAAAGUUACGUCUCUUUGUAACGAUCGAUAUAGUAAUAUACGCGCCUGAUAUAUAGGGAGAAACGACGAUUAGAGAAGUAGAGAACCGUAUACACACGCGAAAGUGUAUCUGAAACGGAUCGUAAUAGUUUCCGAGAUUUCAUCGAUAGCGUGACAACAACGUAGGUCCAUUAUUUCAUGAAUGUAGCGAAUACAGUACACUUAUACGUAUGUCGCCAAUGCACAACAAUCGAGAACAGAAGCGAAUCACGAAUGAGAGAGUGGACUGUUAGCGAGACGAUAUUAUUAACUCUUUACGGUUCUUUGCCUUUGCGUUACCUAUAUAAGAGUGCCGUAUGCGCCGGUCUAUAUAGAUAUAUCUUUCGAUUAUAACGGAAAACGACGAAAUACGAACAACAAAGCGGACAUGUGCCAACGCGAGUGUGCAAAAGUUAUUUUAGCGCGAGACUGCGUGAGACGAGAUAAAUGAGAGAACGCGAGAGGAUGCGUGAAUGCGAGCGCGAAUGAAAUUGCGUCGGUGAAUCUGUAGCCCGCCUCUUUCGCGCUAUAUUCGUAUGUACACGAGCGUGCAAUCACGAAAUUAUUCUAUAUACGUAUAAAUAUAAAUAUUGUAUUAUAAAAAUACGCGAGACAUUUCGAUCAGAAAGGAACGAACGGCGAGAGACUUUCUGUCGAUAGAAGGAAUCAUUUAACGAGAAAUCGCGAGAUUGCGUCAGAUCGCGAUAGACACGAUGUGUAGGAAAAACAAACAGUAUCAAACGCGUCCCUUUACUAGCAAGCAAUGCGUCAACAUAUCAACAUUAUUCGCAAUGCAAUGCGAGCGCAAAAAGGGAAGUUCGCGUGUUACUUGAAAUCUCGAGCGACUGCAAUUGAAUGUCAAUCAUUCUUUCCUCGGGUUUCUAACGAAUGACGAAAGAGAAAAACCAAGCCGGAAAAGAGAAAAAUGUAAAAAAAAAAAGAAACGUAAGCGUAAAGUCGGAAGUAUAAGUUACGCGGACGAAAUACGUAUACACGCGAGCGACGAUGCGACGAUAUUCAUCUACGGAUGAUAGCACUUUUUGAUUUUCACCGCCCGAUCGAGGAGUCUCCUUGCGAAGCAACGUCCAUUCCAAUAUACAUAUAUCCGUAAUAGAGAAUUUUUUUCUUAGAAGACGAGAGAGUGAGAGAGAGAGAGAGAGAAAGAGAGAGAGCGAACGAAAAACUUGCUUCACGUAUCUCGUUGCACCCGCAUUCGCUAAUCGUAAAGACUGCUUCUCGGGUCGCAAUACGCACAACCCGGGAUACACACGUUACCGGCGACUUGUCCUUAAAGAGAAAGACCAACGGGGCAGCAGAUAUAUAUAUAUAUAUAUUAUAUACAUACGAAAAUAUUACGCGUGAGAUUAAAAACGGCUUCCAAGUGAGUCCGGCGAGCCGCGGAGAAAUUUUUUUAUUUUCUAAUUUAACGAUUUAAUGCUAGUGAUGUAGUCGAACGACGUCGAAGCGACGGCUGGACGGCGGCGGAUGAGAGCGGAAGGCGCGCUUCGAGAGACGAGAUUUCGCGCUCAACGAGAUAUACAAACGGACAACGAUAAAGCGAAUUCCUUCGCGGCCAGCCAAUUCUCUACUCAUUGCCCUCCCACACCUUUCUAAUCGCGAAGAGAUGAAAAUCGCGCCCGCGAAGCGCCGAUUGAAAUCGAUCGAUUUCACUUCUGUCUCAAAGCGUGAUCCAACGGCGCUUCGAUUAUUCUCCUCGUAAACAAGAUAUUGCUCGAGAUCACGUUCCGAGCGUUCGAAAUAUGUCGAGAUACGCCCUGGUGUCUUUCGGUUCGCCGUGCUUUCUUUCGCGUUCGUUUCGAAGGAGAGAAAGAGAAACGAAAAGCGUCGCGGAAGGUCGCGUGGUGAGAGCAAAAUCCCUUAGGAAAAACAAAAAAAGAGAAGACUACUGAGAACGGCGAUGAUUAAGAAGCAAUAAGUGAAUACACGCAAAUGCAGAUUUUUAUAUAGAGAAUGUUAACAAAUUUCAGAAGAUAUUAAUUAUAUCGAUAGCGCUAUCUUCCUAAAUGUUCGUAUUAAAGGUUAAAAAAAAAGUACGAUAAAACGUAAGAGUGAUGGUGAGAUCGCGCGGAGUCUCGACCGAAAAAGAAAAAGGAAAAAGAAUCGUGCACGGUUCAAAUUCAUUGCGAUUGAUUGUAAUAAUGUUCGGUCGGGACUUCGCGGAUGAGAGAAAGAGAUCUUAAGGACUUUCAAAUUGUAACUAUCUGUGUUUUAGUGAUGAACCUGCGAGUGCGACCUGAAGUUUUGAGGAUGUUGUUAAUUUCGAUAAAUCGAUAUUUAGAUUUCAUAGAGCUCUAUCAAUAUCACACACACACACGGCUAUGUGUAGACACGAAAAUAGGCAAAACUAAACCAGAGGACGUAUCAGUUGAAAACGGAAGUAUCUCGCGUACGAGUUCUCCGAUUUUUCUUUCCACUCGCAUUCGAAAAUUUUAGGUCUCCCCUUCUUCCGCAGGUUAAAUUUUUUUUGCAAAAGAAAAAAAUACGCAUUACACUUUCAAAGCUUUCGAUCGUACUUCAUGUCACAUAUAUUUUGAUUAUCUCGUAUAGCGUGUAAAGCUUUAUUAAAAAAGUGUGAGACGAGAUCGGGCAGAAAAGAGCGGCAGGUAAAAGCCUGACAAAUCAAAAUUGCUUCACUUCGCACGAAAAUCUUUGUUGCGAUAAACUUUUGUUCACUCUUUGUCCUCCUGAUUAUAUUUUUUUUUAUUUUUAGAAAGAGCGAGAUAGAGAGAUGAACAAAUAGCUAAAAAGGAAAAUCGUUAAAUCGCCUCCCGCGUUUUACUUAAUCCUUUAAUCGAUUUUAUAACGCAACUGUACUACUAUUUAUUAAAAGAAGAAAAACUUAUUUAUUGUUUAGAGAUCUGACUAAAUUGCAAAACGUUCUAAUUAUCGUAAGUUAUCUAUUACUAUUUAGUAACGAGAUAGGGCAGAGCGAUGCAUUCUUUCUCUACUUUUGGAGUUUUCGAGAAAACUCUAUCGUGUAAAAAAGGUGAAACGAAGUACAGCUACAGUGAUAAAUACGAUCGUCGUAUCGAAUCUGUAUGCAGCUAUUAUAUUAUAUUAUAUUUAGUUAAGCGUUAAUUAAAUGACAUACGAGCGCGUUGUUUUGAUCCUUACUCUCUACAACUCUUUUUACAGCGAACUCUGUCAAAGUACCUGCUUCGAAAAAACGAAAAUGAUAAAAUCUGCGAAAAAAAAGGGAAAGCAUUACAGGUACCGUCCCAUAUAUUAUAUACAAGUCACAGAGACACGCGCACAUACACACUCACACCCACAUUUACAGAAACACACACGCAUCGCAUAACCAUCGCAUACACAUACGUACAUACGAUAAUUUAUAUACACUCGCCGAGCUGAGUUUUCAUAAAAAUUGGUUAAGCGAAUCGCCUCCGUGUGUCUUCGAUUUAUUGUAUAAAGAAAAAUGCAAGAAAAAAAAGCAAGCAAAAAGUUACUGUCAACAAAUUUUGGGACAUGUCUAAAACAUUUUUCCUAUGGUGUUGUCAAGACGAUGUUGAAUGUAAAUAAGAUAUAAUAAAUAAUAUACCUUAUACGAUG